AUGCUGAUGAAGCGAGCGGUUGAGUUCUACAGUGAAGGGUUCAAGUUGCAGGGAGACGUCUACACUCCCGAUGAUAUGGCGCACGGCGAACAGAGGGCGGCGGUCCUACUGUGCCACGGCUACACCGGCGUAAAAGACCUGUACCUGCCCGACAACGCCCGGGUCCUCAACGAGGCCGGGUACGUGGCCAUGGCUUUCGACUACAAGGGCUGGGGUCAGAGUGAGGGCGUCUCUCCGCUGAGGCUGGUGCCCCACAGCCGUGUCACCGACGUGCAGGCGGCAAUGACCUUUCUGGGCGAGCAGCCCGAGGUGGACGAGGAUCACAUUGGCAUCUACGGCACUAGCUACGGCGGAGCAACGGUUACCUGGACUGCGGCCAUCGACCAGCGCGCCAAGUGCGUCGUCAGCGUUGUUGGUAUCGGCCACGGCGAGCGCUGGAUGAGCCGCGUCCGCCGCAUGGACGAGUGGUUCGACCUCCUCGAUCGUUCCAAGGCAGACCGCAUCCAGCGCGUGAUGACCGGAAAGUCCGAUAUGGUGGAACGCGGCGAGAUCCUGCUGCCCGACCGGCAAUCGGCCGCGCUGGCCGCCGCGCAGCGAGCCAACAACCCCAAUGCUGUGAUGACUAUCCCCGUCGAGUACAUCGACGACACCCUGGGCUUCAACCCAGAGUGGGUGGUGGACAAGAUCGCUCCCCGGCCAGUGCUGUUCAUCACCAGCGACCAGGACAGGCUGGUCCCGCCCGAGGAAUCGGAGCAACUCUACGCCAAGGCCGGCGAGCCCAAAAAACUGGUAAUGCUCAAGGGAGUCGGCCACUACGAGGUUUACGAGGAGCCCGCCUUCUCCCAGGUGAUGACGCACACCAUGGACUGGUACCGGCAGCACAUGCCCGCGAAGUGUUAA